AUAAAAAACCAGAGCUCUCUCUCUCCUCUCUCUCUAUCUCUCCAGGCUCAAUGCCCAUGCGUUCUUUGCUUGACCUUCGGGUUUCCGUUAGCCAGAGUCCUCCACGAGGGCCGUCGCUACUCUCAGAAAUGAAAAUGUAAAAACAAUCCAUUCUUUGUUUUGUUUUUAAAGAAUAAAAAUUCAAUUCGCCAUAGGAAAAAAACGUCCUCUUCAUCAUUGCUUUCCCUUUUUGGAUAACUAUAUACGGAUGGAUAAUCCUUCCUGAUUGAGAUUGUGGAUGACGUUAUUCAGAAUCGCAACAUGACCAACCGCAACGGUGAUGUUCCUCAGGGGGAAGGCGGUAAUUUGCCGCCUGUUAGCUCCAAUGAUCAAGACCCGAAUCGCGCUGGCAAUAAGGUUUACAAAACCGGCCCCCUGUUUAUAUCGUCUAAAGGUAUUGGAUGGACUUCAUGGAAGAAAAGGUGGUUCGUUUUAACACGUACCUCAUUGGUCUUCUUUAGAAGUGAUCCUACUGCUGCUCCUCAAAAAGGAGGUGAAGCAAAUUUAACACUUGGGGGUAUUGAUCUCAACAGUUCAGGCAGUGUGGUUGUCAAAGAAGAUAAGAAGCUCCUGACUAUGCUUUUUCCUGAUGGUCGUGAUGGGCGAACUUUCACACUUAAGGCUGAAACAUUAGAAGAUUUGCUUGAGUGGAAGACUGCACUGGAAGAAGCCUUGGUAAAUGCACCAAGUGCUGCUCUCAUGGUGGGACAAAAUGGAGUUUUCAGGAAUGAUCAGGCAAAUGGGGUUGAUGCUUCUUCAGAACAAUCUAAGGACAGGCCACCCAUGAAAUCCUUGGUCAUUGGUCAACCAGUUUUACUUGCUUUGGAAGAAGUAGAUGGAACUCCAUCUUUUUUGGAGAAAGCCCUUAAGUUUCUAGAAGAGAACGGGCUUAAAGUUGAAGGCAUCUUGAGACAAGCUGCUUAUGUUGAUGAUGUUGAGCGUCGAAUCCGAGAAUAUGAACAGGGGAAAGUUGAGUUUUCUGCAGAUGAGGAUGCACAUGUUAUAGCUGAUUGUAUAAAGUAUAUACUCCGGGAGCUACCAUCUUCUCCAGUUCCUGCAUCUUGCUGCAGCGCUCUUUUAGAUGCAUGCCGUAUUGACCGUGGCAUGAGAGUCAAUGCUAUUCGUUCAGCUAUAUUGGAAACAUUUCCUGAGCCCAAUCGACGCUUAUUACAGAGAAUUCUUGUAAUGAUGAGACAUGUGGUUGCUUACAAGAAUGAGAACCGAAUGAGCACUUCAGCUGUUGCUGCUUGCAUGGCACCUUUGCUACUUCGCCCUCUAUUAUCUGGAGAGUGUGAACUUGAACAUACCUUUGAUUUAGGUGGUGAUGGUUCUGCUCAACUUCUGCAGGCAGCUGCUGCAGCAAAUCAUGCUCAAGCUAUUGUUAUCACUUUACUAGAGGAGUAUGAUAAUAUUUUUGGGGAAGGCUCUGUGCAACCUGAACUUUACUCUGACUCGGAUGGUAGCGGAAGCGGGAGUGAAGAACUUACUGAUGAUGAUGGAAGUUAUGAAGGUAGUGAUUAUGAUGAAGAAGGAGAAGAAGAAUAUGAAGAUGAUGGUGAUGAUGCUGAUGAGGGCUCUGAUGCAGACAUCAUAGAAGAUUCUGAGCAUGCAUCUAACGCUACCAGUGAGACUGGAAAUGACUGUGCUAGUAAGAUGCAGGUCUCCAGUCCUAGGUCACCUGAAUUAGGCAAUGCUCUUGAAACAAAGGGAAGGAUAGGCAGUACUGAAUCCAAUGCUGAAAGUUCUGACAUGUCCCCUUCUCAAAAUUCUAGAAAUUAUGCAACAGUGCCUGCUGUUCAGCGACAAGCCCUCUUGGGACGUGUUCCUGGCAAGAAGAAGAAAUCCAUGGAGGCUGUUGCUAUCGCCCAUGACGAUGAUGCUGACCUCGAGAGGCUUGAGGCCACCAAAACUGACUUACAAAACAGAAUCGCUGAGGAGGGUAAGGUGAAUCAAGUUCUACAAGAAGGUAUGGAGAAACGAAGGAUUACUUUGCAUGAGCGUCGUUUUGCUCUUGAGAAGGAAGUGGCUAGGCUUCAGGAACUGUUGGAGAAGGAACAGGAGUUGAGGAUGAUAUUUGCAGCUCAACUUACCAAUCCUCAAGGAUCACAGUCCAUCCCUUCCACUAUAAACAGAACUGUGAAAGCAAAGCUUGAGGAGAUUGCUCAAAUUGAGGUAGAUGUUAUGAAUUUGAAACAGAAGGCUUCUGAUAUUGAAGCGGAACUCAACAAACAGCGGGAACAAAAUAUGAAAUAUCAUACCGAGGCAGGCAUUCCACAUCAAAAACCAAAUUAUCAAGGAAAACUAAAGGACAAAGCAGAGGGUGACAAGGACAAGAAAAAUGAUUUUCAGCUGGCAGUGAAUAAACCGCUGAUAAAUUUUAACGCUCCCGCAGCAUCAUUUGCUGCCUCUGUGGAAUCUCUGUUGGCUAAUAGGCCUCCAACUAUCACCAAGAAAUCUGGUUCAAAAACUGAGGGGGCCACUACUUCUUCAGCACUGACAAAGCUAACAAAUCGGCUCAACUUCUUGAAGGAGCAAUCACAGCAACCUCCAGAUAAACCAAAACCCUCAGAUGGGCAAAACAAUCCGGACCGAGAAAAAUCAGAAAGCAGUGGCAGCAGCAGCAGCAGCAGCGCCCCUGAUAAAAGCCGAAAUAAGGUCUCCCCUAGGACAGCCUCCAGAUGAUCUGACGGAUUAGGCACAUAUAUGUAUGUAUUAUCUGAUGGAUUGUUGGAGGACAAUAACACCAGAAGGAUGGAUGAUAAACAAGCUAGCUAGCUUUCCAAAUGUGUCCUUGCCCUGCUGCAGCUGAUCAGCUGGUUGGGACUUGGGAGCAAAGGUAGUGCUGCUAUUUUAUUUUAUAGGUUUCUAUUGCCAAAAUAGAGAAUCUAUCUAUUUUUUUUUUAUAAAAGUAAUGUAUAGUGGCUCAUUAGAACUCACUCAUCCGCAACCUUUGUUUCCCCUAGAAGCUUAAAACCACUGACAUAAAUCUUUACAAAGAAUUUUACUUAUUUAUUUAUUUAUUAAUUUAUUUAUUUUGUUUAAUUGUAAAGAACAUGAAUUUCUCCCUCUCGGGAUAGUUUGAGAGCAAAAUUCAAUAAGGUUUUUGCUUC